GUCUAAGACUGCCGGGAGCAUUGCUAAAGGCCGUUCCUCUCCAGGCUUUAUCUGUCAAUCAUUUUGAAAUUUAGCGGGAAUUUCAUUGGCGGGUAGUUCAUGAAUGAAGUUGUAGUUUCAUCGUAGUACGCGCGUAGUAAAAAAAUACUACGCAAUGUUUACAGUUUAUAAUGACUGAGUAAUCAAAGAAAUGGCGACGUAACGAGAAAACAAAAACACCAGUCCGGUAGGUUUUCAUCCUGGCAACACACUAUGUCGGAUAUAUUACAAAGGACGGAUCCAUUCUUUGAGUUUUUACUGACGGAAAGUGACUCCAGGUACGAGCACAAGCAACGCCUUGCAGAAAACGAUGUAAUCGGUUAUAUAACUUUGCCGCGACCCCUCCUUGCUGGCUGGUAUUUAAUCAAAACGAAGGACAUUCGGUACAUCGACCUGCUAAACAAGUCUAUAGGGGCCACUCUGAAGAUCAGCUCAGAAAGCGUCUUACUUGAAAAAAGAUUGGACGAUCUAUGCAGGAGAAGUUCGGCACAGAAAAAGAAACUAAACGUACGGGGAUCGGUGAAACAGCGCUUGGACUUUUGCACCAGCGCUUGCAAAGUCCGACUCUUGAGGAAAGAAGUUGUAGAAAUAAAGGAUUUGGUGGAAGAACGAGUCGAGGAAACUUCUUCCAUUGCAGAACGUGAUGAACUAGUUACAGCCUUGAAACAAGAGGUGCAACGGCUCAAGGGUAAUAAUGACUCCUUGAGACAGCAAAUUAGGCACUUGAAGAGGGAAACAUGCAAUGCAAAUGUGGGGACUCCCAUCCCUGAAUUAAAGACCGAACAAAGUAGAAACCGAAAAAUAAAAAUACUGAAAAAUAAAGCAGAGAAAGCACUUGCAUUUGUAGAAUUGUUUGGCUUAGAGCUUGAUUUUCUCCAAGUAACUGACUCUGUCAAUGAGAAAAACUACAAUCUGGACUUGUCAACAGCAUGUCAAGGUGGAUCCAAAACAACAGGCCAGAAUGCCCAAUACCUGUCACUUAAUGAAAAGGACAAAGCCACUGUAGAAAGUGUUCUAUUUUUGAUGGACAAAUUUGGUGUUGGGGAUGAUUUUAUCCAAAAGGUGUCAAGAAUAGUUGAUGGCUUCCCUAGAGGCUAUAUCAUAAAACAGUGUCACUCAGAGCUCAAUAAACAGUGCAACAUCAGGCCCACUCCAGGACAAGUUCCAGGAGCCCAGUUCUCUUUCAAGGAGAGACUGGUAGAGCAAAUCAAGAGUCUGAGAGCAAGUGGUAUGGUUACAGACCAUGUCAGGAUAAAGCUCAGUGGUGACGGGGCCAGAAUGAGCCGCUCCUCAAAUUUCACCCUUUUUAGCUUUGCAAUACUGAAUGCACCUGAUGAUCUGCUUUCCUCGAAAGGUACACACACAGUGGCAGUUAUCAAUGAGCCAGAGAAGUAUGAGACAAUAGCAGAGAGCUUGAAAGAUGUUCUUGAAGAAAUUGAUGCAGUGCAAGAUGAUAGCUAUGUAGAACUUGAUGGCAAGAAGAUAAAUGUAGAGUUCUUUCUGGGCGGAGACUAUAAGUUCCUCUUACAAACAAUGGGUUUGAGUGCUGCAAACUCAGCAUAUGCUUGUCUUUGGUGCAAAGUUCACAAGAAAGACAGAGGUGAUAUGAGCAAGGAUGAUGAGUAUUAUGAGAAGGACCCACUACGCAGGACCCUACAGGAUAUUAUUGAGUGUGGAAAAAGAACGAAGGGAGAGAAUUACUGCUGUGUAAAUAAACCCCUAUUCAACAUUGAACCUGACCACAUACUAAUAGAUGAGCUCCACUUAAUGCUGAGGGUGACAGACAUCCUGAUAGAUAAUGCAAUAGAAGAUGCAAUGCAGUGGGAUGAAAAGGAAAAGAUCAGUAAAAGAUCAAACAAAGGAAGCACAAGCCAUCUGAGUCAAUUAGUACAAACUAUACGGUCGUGUGGGGUAUCAUUUCAAGUGUGGGAGAAGCUUAAUGCAGAUGGUAGGGGAAGUGGUACCUAUGACUUCACAAGUUUGAUGGGUAGCGAUAGAAAGAAACUUCUGAAAAAGCUCCCAGAGAAGCUCAUUGGUGUCCUACAGCCAUCUACAGCUGCUAGGGUUGCAGAAAUCUGGAAGGAUUUCCACCAUUUGUAUUUUGAUUGUGUUUCUAACUGGAAACCACCAUCCAUGGUAGUCUAUCAAAAAGAGGCUAAAGAAUGGAUAACCAAAUUCAGUAGCCUUGGUGAUGUGAGGCUUGGCUACAAAAAAGAGCGAGUGACGUGCUACAUGCAUAUUGCAGCCUAUCAUGUUCCAGCCAUGAUAAGGCGCUAUCAAAACCUGAAGCAGUUUAGUGGUCAAGGUCUGGAGAAAAAUAGUGAUGAUGCAAGAAGAGUGGUUUUGAGGAAAUCUAACCACCUUGAUGACCCCUGUGAGGUUCUGCAAGCAGAGUUUAGGUUGGGCAAGCUAAAGCACAGGGAGAAACUCCCUCGUCCCUAUGUCAAACGAAAUGCCCAAUAUUGGGAAGAGGAAAUUAAGAUAAAGCGAAGACGAGGGAACACAAAUUAAGGCUCUACUAACUUUAUUUGUCACCAAGUGCAACUUUAACGAAAGAAACUGUUACUUUCUCUUGAAAAGCCCUAGGUAAUAAAACUGGCAGGGGUUGUCUGGAGUAUUUCUUUGUUGUAAAGCUAACAAAGCUUCUAACCUUCAUGGGAUAAAAUACUUUGAUCCCCUGUCCAUGCAUGUCAGCCAGCUGAUCCCAGCCCUUUGGAAAAUAUGUGGCAGGGAACUGAUCUCUUUCGAGAUAAUGCCAAUUGGAGUCAUUAAAAUUAAAUAAAUAUCUAAAAACAUCUCCCCUGAAAUAAAAGGUUACUGGUAACCUUGACCUAGAUUUCAAAAGCACUUCAACCUCAGCUCGAAAGACUGCGACAUUGGAAUGAAGGACACCUCCAUCAGGCAUAGGUGGGGAGUAGAACAAGCUGAAGGACAAAUACACAAGAGGAUUUAAGUAAAGCAUCUGAAAAUAAUUCUGAGCUAGAUUUUAGGCAAUUUUCUAUUGUGGAUCUGUUACAUAUGCAACUUGCCUAUUAUUUAUUAUUCUGUAGUCUCAAUUUUUUUUAAAUUUGGAAACUAAUAGGUGAAAAAAGCCCUAGUGGUAAAUAGUAGGUCCGCAUCCCAGUAGAGUUGAGCUUCUGAAGCUUCUGACGUACCGGACACACUCGGACGUCAUGUUUUCGACAGGUUCCCAUGUUGCAUCGUAGGGAGAGAAGCCCUUCCAUAAAACGAGGUAUUCAUGCUGAUUAUCAGAA